AUGAAGACGCUGGUGUUGUCUGUGAAGAAGCAGUCUUGUUGGUUAACAGAGACUUGUUUUGCAGGUGAAACCACAGAAAACUCUGUUGCUGAUGGUGAAGUCCGUCUGGUCAAUGGAUGGCACAGCUCCUGCUCUGGCAGGGUGGAGAUCUUUAUCCAGGGCCAGUGGGGCACAGUUUGUGACGAUGGCUGGGACCUUCCAGAUGCCCAUGUGGUGUGUAGACAGCUGGGCUGUGGGAGGGGGCUUCAUGCAUCACAAGGGGCCUUGUUUGGACCUGGCCAAGGGCCUAUAGGGUUGGAUGAUAUUCACUGCAUCGGCCACGAAGCUAAGCUCACACAGUGUGGCCACAGUGGGUUGGGCUCCCACAACUGCGGUCACCAUGAAGACGCUGGUGUUAUCUGUGAAGGUGAAACCACAGAAAACUCUGUUGCUGAUGGUGAAGUGCGUCUUGUCAAUGGAUGGAACAGCUCCUGCUCUGGCAGGGUGGAGAUCUUUAUCCAGGGCCAGUGGGGCACAGUUUGUGACCACGGCUGGGACCUUCCAGAUGCCCAGGUGGUGUGUAGACAGCUGGGCUGUGGGAGGGGGCUUCAUGCAUCACAAGGGGCCUUGUUUGGACCUGGCCAAGGGCCUAUAGGGUUGGAUGAUAUUCACUGCAUCGGCCAUGAAGCUAAGCUCACACAGUGUGGCCACAAUGGGCUGGGGUCCCACAACUGUGGUCACCAUGAAGACGCUGGUGUUAUCUGUGAAGGUAAUAAACAUAAGGAACCUGUCGGUACCUGUCAUGUGCAUUGUGUUCUGCCAUGGCUAACUUCUAUCUCUUAACUUCAUUCAAUUAAUCAUACUCAUGUCGUGGCCGUUUUGGUUCCAUCUUUGUUCUAAACAAGAGCAGGCAUGGAGAACCGAAUGCAGAAUUGUAUAUUCAGUUCCCAGUCACAGCUUG